UCGGUUUGGUAGUGCACAUAGCAUCAAGUUUAAACAUGAAAGUUGAUAUUGACAGUAUAUUGUGACAUUGGGGGUUAGGCUGUUUACUCAGAACGUGACAGUUUGUAUUUACCUUCGCUAUGAGUCUGUUGCGAAGUUGCAAACGAAUUUUCAAUUCUUUUUUAUUCCAAAUAUCAGUUGCACUCUUGGUAUUACUCGUCUGUAUUUAUUUCUAUAAUGUUGGAAGCACACCGAAUAUAACAGCUUUGCUAAAAAGUGAAAUCACUAAAACGAAAGUCAAGAAAACAAGUUUUGUUGUUAGUGAUGGCGACGGUGAUCUGCUUUCGGUUUUAGAAAAAGACCAAGUGAAUAUCAUGAUAACUUUUACAAAUGCAAAACAAAAUGGUAAUCUUCAGAACAAGUUUAGAACCACUGUGAGGUCCCUGUUUCACUUUACGUCCAAGCCUGUGAACCUGUUUAUUCUUGGAGAUGAACACAGUGAAGCCAUUGCCAAGGACAUUCUGGCUGAAGUCACUCAGCCUGGCAAAUAUGUGCUAAAGCAUCUUGAGAUUGCCAGCCUAGUGAAGACGGUACAUGAAAUUGUCUCGGAGAUGCAGAAGUACUUCAGCUACAAACCUGGCGCUUACUUUAGUGACUCACUCUUCUUCCUCUCCAUAGUGGUCCAUCAGGUUAUUCCGGACCUUCACAGAGUGAUCAUGAUAGACUGUGACCUUAAAUUUAAUGCGGAUAUUUUAGAGCUGUACAAUCAUUUUGAAAAGUUUGAUGAAAAUAAUGUCAUGGGCAUUGCACGAGAUGCCCAACCGGUUUACAGACAUAAUCUGCACAUGUACCGGAAUAAGUUUAAAAACACAAGAGCUGGGGGACCACCACCAGAUGGGCUUACAGGCUUCAACAGUGGAGUACUGCUACUAGAUCUUGACAGAAUGCGAAAGUCUCGGCUGUAUAACUCACUUAUAAAUGCAGAAAGUAUAAAAAACCUGACAGAAAAAUAUAUGUUUAAAGGGCAUCUCGGGGAUCAAGACUUUUAUGCUUUGAUUUCUUUGGAUCACGAAGAAUUGUUCUACGUCCUUCCGUGCACUUGGAAUAGACAGCUGUGCACGUGGUGGCGCGACCAUGGUUACGCUGACGUGUUUGAUCAGUACUUUAAAUGUGAAGGCCAUAUCAAUAUCUACCAUGGAAAUUGUAACACAGAAAUACCAAAACUUGAUUGGGAAAGAAGCUCAUGACAGGCAGCAGUUAUCAUCAUUUAAAAUGAUCAAACUUCCGAAUGUAUAGACUAACAACGUUUGGUGUUUGCACUUUUGUGUGGGCUAAUGACAAUCAAGGUUUUUUCAAAUUUUCUGUACCUCCAUAUCAUGUAGACCAGAUUUUAUGGUGAAUAAAAGGCGGAGGCAUUUAUUUUCAUAGAGCGUAUUUUGUCAAUCUACAUGAUUUGUUCAAGAUGUCUAUUUUUCAUAGAUUACUAUACCCCGUGCUUUUCCAUUUUUGUACAAACGUCAAUCCAUUUUAUUCACUUUUAUAACAUAUUUACAAGGCUGCUACAAUUUACCAUUGCCUGCCACGCAUUUAUGAAACCAACGCCAGGCACUAAUUUCUCGAAACUUCUUAAGUUUCUUAUAACAAGAAUUAAGCUAAGCUCACUAUCUUUGAAUGUCUUUAAUUUGUUAUAUCAACUUCUUUAAGCUUUUUUAGACUUUAAAUAGUAAUUAGCUCUAUAAUAAACACAAUAAACCCUCUUUUAAUUAUCAAAAUCAAAUUUAAGUAUGCAUUUUGGCUAAUUGAAAUAAGCUACUUCAGCCUGUUAACCUUAAGAAGUUUCGAGGAAUUGGUGCCAGCAGGGCGAUUUAACUUAAGCCCCAAAUUACCAGCAGCCAAUUGUAUAAACGUGGAUAAGUCCUAACCAGCGGUUUUAUCUAACCAACUUUAUACAAUUGGCUGCAGGUGACUACAUGAAGGGCACAGCUAGAGGGUCAUCUUUAAGUGCACUUGCACCAUUUUCUGUAUAUCAACAAAAUGAACUCUAUCAUACACAUAAAUUAUGAAAUUUUUGUGCCGUGGCAAGUUUCUUAUUUACCUAUUUUUGUGACCUGCUGAACAUAAAGCGAAAAAUGUAGAGGGCCUGGUUUUGUUUGAUGCUAAGUAAUAAAUAUCAUGAAAUCAUGAUAAUCCUAUCAUAUGACAUCAUGUUUAUGGCUUGUUCAAUGUUACUCUUAUGAUAAAUGACCAGGGCUGGUUAUUCAAUACUGGUCUUAAUUGGAUUUAAGUAUGAUGUAGCUAAUCGGAUUACCUGUUAUUAAUAAAUCACCAAUAGAAUGAAUGAAGUCAAUGACCUGUGACCAUAUAAUUAACUUAAGUUCAAUACUGAAUACCACUUCAGAACCUUUGAGUUACCCACCCCAAAAUAGUAGAGAUCAUAAAAUGUUGUAAGAUGUCUCAUGUUGGCCACAGGUAUUGGUCUGUAAAUCAUACUGGUCCUAGAUUUGGUCCCUGCUCUGUCAAUGACAAGUUUUUAAAUUCGGAACACCUUGGCCAUUUCCAUCGAAAACAACCUUGGAUAUGGAUGGUUUACAAUUUUAGAAAUGUUAACAGUUUAACCACGCUGCAAGUAGAUAGAGUAGUAAUUUCAAUAGAGCAUAUAAACUUAAUGACUUUACUCUUGAGAAUCUUAAUUAUUUAUGCAAUAAUACACUUAACUGGCAAUCAAUUUAAACUUAGUAAUAAACAAUACAUGUUAAAACAUUUAAUUUCAUUAUUUAUAGUAUUUGAAAUCUUACGGACUACUACUAAUUUACCGAUGUUUUCGAUGGAAAAUGGCAGAGGUGCUCCGAAUGAAGAUUUGUUAUCAUGCACAUAGGAAUAGUAAUUUAACACAAGCCAAUUAAGGGUUUGAUAGAAUGUAUUUCAAGAUAACAAGAGAAAAAAUAGUAAACUUUAAUAAAUGCACAACAAAAUCUUAUAAUAUUAAAUAGUAAAAUUUGUAUUGACAAUAACAAGAAAUAGAAAAUGUAACAAACAUGAGAUUCUUAUAUAAAAAUAUUAAGACAACCUUCAAAAAUUAGUAAUUAUUAAAUGCCAAUACUAUGUACGCCAUAAAUGAGUAUUAGUGAAAAUAAAAUGGCUAUACAUAGAACAUUGUAGUAAGUGUUACUUAUAUUUAAUUUGUGUAAAAAUUUUAGGAUAAUUCUUGUUAAUAAACAGAUCCCUCAUAGUAUUACAGUCCUCGGUAAAAAAGCUGUAUAGCUAAUAAUACGCAAUUCAAUUUAACGUAAGUACAUGCUUAAACCUAGAAAUUUUAUGCCCAAAAUCUACACAAAUUAUAAUCUCAGACAUGAGCAAAAAAAAACACCACAUGCACAUGUAGCAUGUGAACUUCUUCCUGUACGAUUGAUUUAUUACGAACAAAUUUGUUAUUACACUAGACACUAGUCUUGUUUAAUGAAUAUUAUUUUACAGAUAAGUCCAGUGUCAAUACUAUCAAAAGUAAUUUAGUUUUUAUUGAGACCAGAAUGCUUUUAGUUGUUUCAGGAUGGUUUUAGAAAUCAGUUGCCAUAGUAACAUAUUUUUUAUUGAUGAAUGGUUUUUUUUUUUGUCAUUGCACUUUUUGUUUUAUCUUCUUCAAAAGUAUGAUUGUGUUUUUUUUAAUUAUUCGUAAUAAAAUGUGAAACAUCA